GGCGGGGCGGCCGCGGGGCCGGGGCUGCCGGACCCGGCGCGGACAAAGGCGGCGGCGGCGGUGCGGGGAGCCGCGGCGGGGGCGGCAGGCGGCACCGGGCCGCUCCGUGCGGGGACCGAGCCGCAACCUGACAUGAUGUUUCCACAAAGCCGGCACUCGGGCUCCUCUCACCUGCCUCAGCAGCUGAAGUUCACGACCUCCGACUCGUGCGACCGCAUCAAGGACGAGUUCCAGCUGCUGCAGGCCCAGUACCACAGCUUGAAGUUGGAAUGUGACAAACUAGCCAGCGAGAAAUCGGAGAUGCAGCGUCACUACGUCAUGUACUAUGAGAUGUCCUACGGGCUGAAUAUUGAAAUGCACAAACAGGCUGAAAUUGUCAAGAGGCUAAAUGGGAUUUGUGCACAGGUUCUGCCCUACCUUUCACAAGAGCAUCAGCAGCAAGUCUUGGGAGCCAUUGAACGAGCUAAGCAGGUCACGGCACCAGAACUGAACUCCAUCAUCCGUCAGCAGCUUCAAGCUCACCAGCUGUCCCAGCUCCAAGCCCUCGCUCUGCCCCUGACUCCGCUCCCCGUGGGGCUCCAGCCCCCCUCUCUCCCCGCCGUCAGCGCCGGCACCGGGCUCCUGUCGCUCUCGGCCCUGGGCUCGCAGGCUCACCUCUCCAAGGAGGACAAGAACGGCCACGAUGGGGAUGCCCACCAAGAUGAUGACGGCGAGAAAUCGGAUUAGAGCGACUGGGGGGGCCGGGGGAAGGGGGCUGGCUGGGGGAGGGAGGAGGGAGGGAGGGAGGGGGCGGGUUAGUGCAAAAUGCAGUAUCUCUCUCUAAUUGCUGUGCAGCAGGGCCGUGGUGACCUGUGCUGGGUGGCAGUUUGCCAGGCCUGUCCCCAGGGGUGGGUGGCAGGGCCUGGGGGGUGUCCCCAGCGCCGUCCCCGGCUGCUGCACAGCAAUGCAAGCGCCAUAGCAUUACCCGUGUGGCCAAUCGUGCUCUCCCUGUGCCCAGCCUGCCUUCCCUGUCCCUCCUCCCACUCACAGAGCAGACUCUGCCUGCUCUGGGGCCACUUUGCCCCCUGGCUGUCCCAGCUCCUCGGUGCCAUGUGGCCCCUCCCUCCACCUGCUGCUCCCCCCUCGGUAUUUAAAGAUUGCCCCUUGAUCCUAACGGUUCUGCACAACUCCCUGCUAGGAUCCCUGGCCCAGAACAAUCUCCUCCCUUCCCCAGGUGCUCUUGGUCUCGUCGCAUCGCCCUGGCCCCGUGUCCCCCACACCCCUCCUGCACUAAUACCAGGCCUAAUAACAGCCUUGCUGUUCUGCAUGUACCUGUUCUCAACCAGCUCUGGCUGCCAGGGGCUUCACCCUGGGCUGGAGGGGGCCCAGGUGGCUGGGCAGAGGGGGCAGGCAGACCAAGAGCCUUCCCCAGCCUCCCCCUCCCCGUGCCCCUGCCCUGUGUAGAGGAUACAGCAGCUUUCUCUGUUCUUAUCUCCGUGCGCUAGCGUGUCUUCUUAAAAAACAAAAAUGGAAAAAAAAUAAUAAAUAAUAAUCUGGUGUUUGUAUAUAGUUCUUUAGAAAGAUCUUGUUUUGCUUUUUGUGUUUAAUCACUUGACCUAUAAUAAGAGGAACUGAAAAUGCUGUAUCAAGGACGUACAAGCUGUGCCUUUCAAAUAAAGAAAUAAGAAGGUUGGUUAAAACCGUGA